AUGGAUAACCGAUGCCAGUGCUGCAGCGAUAGAGUUCUGAAUCCUAUCCUCUUCAAAAUUCUCAGUCAACUCGAUGACAGCGGCGAUUAUAAUUCGAUACCUCACCGAUGCACUUGUGAGCUACGCCGAACGGUGUGCUUGAAAAGGCCGAGAGAAAUUUGCAAGGAAGCCUCGUCGGUUUUGGUGAAAACGGUCCAUUUCAUGAAGAACUUACCUGCUUUCAAGCAGCUUCCACCCAAUGACCAGUUUAUACUCCUCAAAAACUGUUGGGUGCCGCUCUUCAUCCUGGGUCUGGCUCAGGAGCAUGUGGACUUUGAGGUGGAGGACGUACCGGCCGACAGCAUGUUGAAGAAGAUCCUUCUGCGGCGAGAAGGGGGAAACGAGAUCGUGAAGGAACAGCCCACCAUGGCUGGCGUCAGCAAACUCAAGUCCUGUCUCAGAAAGUUCUGGAGCUUGGAUUUGAGUCCAAAGGAGUACGCGUAUCUUAAAGGGACAACGAUAUUUAACCCAGACAUCCCUGACCUAAAGGCAUCACUAUUCAUCGAAGGCUUGCAACAAGAAGCCCAGCACGCCUUGAGCGAGGUGGUCCAGCUCCUCCAUCCAAGGCGGCAGGAACGUUUCGCCCGCAUCCUCCUCACGGCGUCCAUGCUGCAAAGCAUCACGCCCAGUUUAAUCAUCGAACUUUUAUUCCGGCCUGUAAUCGGUCAAGCUGACCUGUUGGAGCUUCUGGUGGACAUGCUCUUCUGCAGGUAG